UUCCAACUUCUGGUAGUCGUAAACUAUGUAACUUUUUCGGUUAAAGUUGGUCGUAAUUUCCAUCGUUAAUGGAAUUCAUGUCGAAUUACAAUCCUGGGAAAUGUAAAGAAGAAGUUCAUCUAUUUGACAAGGAUUUGGCAAGUUUGAAGAUUAUUGUUAGAGUCCUGCAGGAAAGCUGUUGAUCGGUCAUGGCCGAGGAUGGCGCAGAAGUAACUGUUCUUGACAGUUGGGAGGAACUUGACGACAGCAGGAUUAUGAAUAAAAAACUGGAAGAAAUCAAAAUUUCAAACCAAGAUGACAAAAAAAUGACAGGUUCGUUGGUGUUAGAAAAUCAGGACAGAACGCAAUAUCAGCCACAAGUGCGAAUACUCAAACGCAGAUCAGACCCUGGGGCAACUGCCAGCUCACAGCAAGAUGCAAGCAAAGGCAGCGUCAACAAGCACAACAAGACACUGGAGCAGAGAGAGAAAGAAUAUGCAGAGGCCAGACUAAGGAUACUCGGUUGCGCCUCAGGCGGAUUUGAGACUGAACAAACAACAGACAAUAGACCUUCACCAAGGCAAGCACAACAGAACAAUAACAACAAUGCUACAGACAUAUUACGGCAGCCCCGAGGCCCUGACGGUUCUAACGGUUUUGACCAGCUGAGGUAAUACACAAAAGCAAUGGUAUGGACAUAUUAUAAAUAACCUUGUCGUAAUCUGGAGAGCUCCUGUAAGUCACAGGGGUCCUGUUGGUGAUGUCGGUUUAUGAGUUGCCAAUAUGGACCAUUUGGCAGUUAUUUAAGUAUCAAGUAGAUACAUUAUUUACUGACUUGAACAUAUAAGUGAGCUUUCUGGGUUACUGACAGGAACAGACUGUGCUACCGGGCUACCAACCUGAAGAUGGCGCUACGUGGAUAACAAAUGUGAACAUUGGUAUAUCCAAAGUAAACUGAGUGUGCUACCAGCGUUAUCGACAUGAACAGAGUGAGCUACCUGGGCUACCAACAUUGACAGAAUGAGCUAUCCGGGUUACUGGUGUAAAAUGACAGCUACCUGGUUUACUGCCAAAUAUAGCCAGCUACCUGGGCUACCAACAUGAACACAGUUUGCUAUCUGGGUUAUUGACAUUAACAGAGUGAGCUACUUGGGUUACAGAUGAGAUUUGAAGGAGCUAUCUGGAUUUAAAUUGUAAGCAGAGCAAGCUGUGUGGAUUUCAAUGUUGAAGCAGCCAUGGAAGUGUCUGGUAAUUCUAGUACAUUAAAGUACAAAGGCUUUUUACCAGAUCAGAUUCACUAUAGGUGCCCUACAGAUGGAAGGCAGUGCUGCUGUGUUCAUCAUCUGUCAAAGCUACAAUGGUACAUUCCAUGUGAGGUACAGUUAUCUCCCAUGGAUUAUAGUUAAACAUAGGUCUUUUUUAAAAAUCCUCACGUUGGGCAGUGGUUUCCUGUAAAAUUAGUAAAGAAGAAACCAUGUUUUCAGUACUAUUAUAGCUUUGGUGACCUUAUCAGGAAAAUAUCUCCAAAAGAACAUGAUAUUUCUAGACCUGUGGUAACAUAUUUUUAAGUCCAUUGUAAGCUUGACAUUUCCAGGCCACACAAAAUGAAAAUGUCCUUAAUAAUUGAAUUAAAGCAAUAACAGUCUCUUUUCUCAGGGUUAUCUCCCCUGGCACGAUACAGAGGUAAUGUGCCUUGAAGUGAACACAGGUCUCUGCAGUAUUAUAAAUAAACACAUUGUAGUAUGACACAUUGUGUCACACUAUGUUUAUGUACCAUCCAGCUCAUUCAGCUGCCUAUUGUGUUCAUCUUCUUUUGUCCAUGCAUUCAUUUAAAUAUUUGAAGAAAAAGGAAAUUUUGAUAUGCAGGUUAAAUGUAGAUACAUAUGCAUGUGGUUCGAGUGCAAAUACAUGUAACAAGGUUUUUUAAAUUUGGUUGACAAGACUAUAUAAUCACAGCCCCUCUAAUAACACUUAUUAAGUUAAAUGAUUAACCCAUAUUUGUAGAACUUUCUGUAUCCUUCCAGUUUGAAUUUGCGACCGUUAGGGGCAUACUUGAUACUGUCUUUUCUAUAUUUUUAUGCCUCCGUCCAAAACAUGCACAUAAAGUAUUUAUGCCUCAAACAAAAUUUCAUAAAUCGCAGGCAUAUUGUGUUAAAACAGCUGAGGUCAUACGUCAAAGCUACAAGUUAUAACAUGGAAAAAGUUUUCAAUCAAUUGAAUUAAUUAUUACUAGCUAGGCAAUACCAUAUUUUACAAAAAGGACUUUUUUAUGCGCGACAUAUAGUACCAGAUAUCAGAUACAUGUACCAGUAUGCAUUUUGGUGAGAUAAAGUGGCCUUGAGAUACACAAUCAAAUGUCAAACAUUCAAUUACAGCUAUGAAUUUUGAUACAUUUUUGAAAAUUUGUAACAAAUUAUAUAUUUACAUGUCAUCAAGUUUUGCAUUGAACAACAGACCCUGACUCAGUAUACUAUCAUCGUUUCUAGAUCUGCAAUGACGAAAAAAAUAAAAAUAAAAGAAUUCAAAGGCUUCAACUAGUAUUCAUGUGAAAGUGAUUGAUAAAUAAUGAUGAAAAAUGACAACUGUAUGUUUACUCAAUUCAUCACCAUGUGUCCAAUCUAUAAAAAGGAAAAUAAAAUGUUGCUAUAAAUCUGCCACAUGCUAAUAACAAUAGAAUAGAACCUAUCUUCAUUCUACUGCUUCAGCUUCAUUUUAUUUAUUUACAUGUUUAUAAUUCAUAAAUUUGAAGUAUCAUUAUUCCAUAUUUAAGCCUUAAAUCUGAAAACAUAAGGAUAGGACAACUAACCUCUGAAAUGCCUUUUAUGAUCAUUGAUUAAAAAGACAUGUAUAUAUGCUAACCUAUUGAAUGAUGAGGAAUGAAUUUAAUACUUGAAUAUAAUUUGCUAAAUUUAAGCCAGAUUCAUUAUAACAGUUUUCUCAAAGACUUAUUUUCAUUGCCAGACUUACAUUUCAACCAAUUAUCUAUUAGUAUUUGAAUACAUGAAUUGAACAAAAACAGAUAUACUUGUAGCCCCCUCCCCUUUUUUUGGCUCUAGAGUUUCCCAUCCUUUCACCAUAAUUUACUGACACUCUUGAAAAAGAGUAUUACAGCUAGUGACAUAAAUGUUUGGCAUUUUGGAUAAUUUUUUUUAUCAUUUUGGAAAGUUCUGAAAUCCUUUAUUUUCUUCAAAUAGCUACACAUGUAUGUUCAGCGUAAGUAUAAGGUCAAUCACUGUAUGUUGGGUGUACAUCUACGCAGUGUCCGUGUCCCUGUAUUUUACUUCAUUCCCCCCCCCCUCAUCAUAGAGAAUGCAGCCAUAUGUAUUUACCUGUUACCUUGUAUGAACUUAACUGUAAAUCAAGUGCGUCCUGGAUGAACAUUUUAUGUACUGUAUGAAUGUAAGUUAUGUAUACUUUCAUUUAUGUACUGGAUGAAUGUAAGUUAUGUAUACUUUCAUUUAUGUACUGGAUGAACAUGCUUCAAGUCUUUUCAUAUUCUUAAUUUUGGCAAACUGAUAUAUUUUGUGUUUACUUAAUUUUUUAACACUAUUUUUAUUGAUUUUUCAUAUGUUGAAUGUGGCCUAUUCAACAUAUGAAAAAUCAAUAAGAAUAGUGUAUCAAUCAAUGUAUGUAUCAAUGUACAACUUAAAGUACUAGAAGAAUAAAAAAUAAUAUACUUGCUGUUAGUAUUUCAUAUAUCUUCAAAACAAACAGAAAAUGUCUUUAUUAUUGAGUUUUUACUUGAAUAUAUAAUUCACUGAAAAAUUGAUAAGUAUGGAACACAAAAACUAAGGCCACAGUAAAAUCAAUUACAAAGGAAAUACAAUUUAUGUAUGACUGGGGGCAGUUUUUACUUAUAUUUUCAUUAUACUUGCAAAUGUAAAAACAUGAAAUACCUGGUACGAACAUGUUACAUGUCAAGAUGGAUAAGAUAAAAGAAUUAAACAAUACACAGUAUUACACGUACAUGUAACACUCGGGUUAUAUACUUGAGCAAUGAAUAAUGCUAACUAAAUGUUACUGUAGGGAGGUGAGAAUGAUUGAAGACACUGUUGUUUGCACUAACUGUAUACAUUAUAAAAAAAUGUAUCAUUUAUGAAACAGAUCAAAUAUUUGUACAUACAGUAAUACAUUUUAUUUGGGUGCUGAAGAUACAGUUACGUCAUCCUAUCUCCUGUUAAGUGAUUUUUAAUGUACUGUUAUAAAACAAGCAAGACUUGUUGAUAUAUUCCAAGGUUAUCAAAUGCGCAUAUCUUAAACAAAUUGUAACUGAUUUUGUUUUGCAUAUAAAGAGUAUUAUCUCUUUAUAAAUUGGCAGUAAUUUGAAGCAGCUCAAGUUGCUUUGACUAUGGCUAGAACGUACACUGUAUGACAGAGGAACAUCGUUAUUAUUCAACUUUUAGUGAUGGGUCUGUCAUUAUGUAUUGCCUGAUGUUGUAAGUUAUUCGAAUAUAUCUUCUUAUAGUUUGUGCUGAAAAUAUGGAAUGAAAUAUUUUGUGUGUGAGAAUGUUUGUAUUAACCAUACAGUGUGGAAAUAUCAUUCAUAAAAUCCUACAUCAUCAUUUGUGCACAAAAAGUCCAUUUUGAUUCUCAAUAAAUGUUUGCAGAUUUUUAACCGUAAGCAUUGCAUUAUUCACACAUGUAUAUACUCCUUGUUAUGUUGACAUUUCUUUACACCCUUCACAUAACACUGCCCUAAGGUGGGGUACCAUUGUUAUUGCUUUCAUUGUAUAUAAUAAGUUGGAAUGUGUUAUUUGAUAUUUCCCUUUUUUUGUCUAUUUUACCAUUUCACCUCUACAUUCCAAGUAAAGUAAGUACAUCAUAGAACACGGAAACACUACACUGUAUGUAGGGAAAGUUUUACUGCAGGUAGACUUUCGCUUUUUCACCCACCGCCAUGAGGGCAAAUUUAUCAUGGGAGUAGUAUAAGUACACACCAUACCAUAUAUAGUUAUAAUUAUUACAUGGGCAAACAUGGAUUUUAGCAGUGAAUGGCAAAUAACUGACUUGGCAAAGAUUUACUGGUAUAUAGUAUUUAUCUUUAUAUAUUAUGUAUAUGUUUAAUAGGGGUGAUAAUUCAUGUCAUGAACAGUUUCUUCGAUGGCAUGAUUUCAUGUAAAAGAUAACAUUUAUUGCCCUUAUCAAGGAAAAAAAUAGCAUAUUUACAUGUCAAGAACAAUACUUGUACAGGUAUUUACAAGAUUGAUUGAUGAGGUUAAAUGUCAUUAUCACUGAUAAUAUGUUAAUUGUUUUAGCUCCUCGUAAUAGGAAAUUAAACUAACUAUAUAGUCCUAAUUGCAUAAAUGAAAAUGAAUACCGAUUUUAUUGAAGAAUGAUUGAAUUUACUGAAUGAAUAAAUGCAUUCUAUGUGGAUGAAAUUAGUAAGAAAUCAAGAUUUCACAGUUUUUGGAAAUAUUAAGGUUUAUACUGAAAUUUAACCUUAAUGAAGCAUCAAUAUUUUGUCAAACAGAGUCCCAUCAUGAGAAAGGUUGUUGGUAAUAUAUUGAAAGACAUUAACUCAUUCACCCCUAAAGUCUCAUUUGAACUCUCCCAAUUCAAAGGCUGAAAUAGUUCAUUAUGAAAUUUCAGGGGUGAAUGAGUUAAGGAAAUGUUCUUAUUAAGAAGAUGGAUCUACAUAAGUUGUAAAACUUUGUUUCCAAAUCCAAUUUCAAUUAUUUUGUAUUGCUUUACAUCAUACUGUAAAUGAAAAAAUAUAUGAAAUAAAGUUGAUAUUAAUUAAGAAAAAAAUAAAAUUAAAAGCACUAAGCCUAAUAGAGAUGGUCAAUGAAACAAAAACUGAAUGGUACUGAUAUUUCACACUUUUGAUAUUUAUAUCUAACCUUCAGUAUACUCGGAACAGACCAGACGUAAUUUUCGUGAGUUUGAACACAACCUGCAGAGGGCAAUCAAAGUUUAUGUACAGAUGAAAUGGUUAAAUGUGCGUCUUUGUUGAACGGAAUGAAUCGAGACGAGAAGUAUCGAGACGAGAAGUAUCGGCGUUUGAGCUCUUCCUUUUAUUAUGAUUUAUUUAUGACCUGCAGCUGGCCAGUUAAAUCUACGACAGCAUUUGACACAGCUGUGGUUUAGUUUAAACAUAUUUAUUGCCAAAAUUAGACUAGGGAUUAGGCACAAGUUAUAACAACUUAUCAACGCCUUCUCCCAAUAUACAUUUGAAAUGACAUUACAAUAAUGACAAUAAAUAUAUACAAUUUUUAUUACAAUUUGAACUCAAAAUCUCUUGCUGGAUUUAAUAACCACAGCUGUGGUAUUCAGGUCUUACUGCAUGAAGUUGACGAUGCGAAGAAAUUACUGAAAAUUCCUUUUCCAUAGUCUUAGUAGAGGUAUGUGAUCGAACUGUUACUGUGUUGACAGAUUUUCGGGAAUGCUACGUCCAUUUUGUCUUCCCCUUUUGUGUUAUUGUGUCCUUGUUAUAUCCGCCGAGCUUCGAUUUUUUUUCUGUUGUUGUCCUGACUACAUCCAUUAAGUUCAGUUUUUCUCUGUUGCUGAUGAACAGUAAAAAAAAUAGCCUUAAAAACUUUGAUACUCACAAAGCAAUUUUUUGUGUUUUAAUUCUGAAAACAAAACAACUGUUUAGUUCAUGGACUUUAAAUGGUUGAGUUUACUCCAUUGGUGAGUUUGUUGUCACUUUCCUGGUUUUUUUGGUUUACCUGUCAAACAUUCAUUUAUAGAUGUUAACAAACUGCCAAAACAUUUAGAAUUUGUCGUAGUGUUUGAAAUCGCUUAAAGUUGUGAAACUACUAUUUUAUUUUUCCAACAUUUGUUCCCAGAUGAUCACUAUUAAGUACAUAAUUUGCAAUUAUAAUAAAUAAGUCACUGGAACCAAUUUUUCGAAAUAAGCAGUUUUUCGAUUACCAACAGUUUAAAUAAGAUUGAAGCAGAACACGUUAAUGUUCUAAUUUGUUCAGGUUUCCGGAUUAUACAGGGAUAAUACAUAUCAUAGGAGUAUUGAUGAACAAUAACAAGAGAUUUAAUGUGAUAUUGAUUAAAUUUUUAAUUGCAUGUAAUUAGCAAAUACUUCAAGAAAAAAAUUCAAGGAAACAAAUUACGUUACAUCUUAUCUUAAACAAUGCUUACCAUUCAAAUUAAGUGUCUACUAUCCAGCAUUUCAAUGUGUCUUUGACAGAGACCCGCAUUGAUGCAUGUAUUCCGUCUUUGCGUAUUGCAGAGUUAUCUUCUCUUGUAAGCAGGUAGUGAUUGUUACGUCAUUAGUUUGAGUGAGAAAAUUACGACGUUUUCUCAAAAAUUGAUGACGUUACUCUCACAAACAAAUGACAUACCAAUCAAUAUCUGCUCACAAGUGCAGAUAACUCUGCAAUACGAAAAGACGGAAUACUUAUUGACCGAGACAAAAUGUGGCAAAGGGUCUCUCCACUGUAAAUAACGCAUCCCAUGACCCUUGCUAUCAUUUAUAUCAUCUUUUUGUUAUGUUUUGUAUAAUAUGUGCACCAAUCAUAUGUGCAAAGCGAAUUUAAUGUUAAUGUUUUAUGAAGAAUAAACAUAUUUUUAUAUGUGUAAAGUA